AUGGCGUCUGUAUUCACCUAUGACCCUGAUCCUCCAAGGGUCUCUUCGCCUUGGACUCCGCUAAGCGAGUCAGGGAAGGAUGAAGGCGCUCAGGGUACAGAGCUUCGCCGACCAGCACAAGAACCUCAGCCAGGGUUGCUGUCUGAGUAUGGGGUCAUUAAACUACAGGCCGAACCGCCAGAGGGCCCUACUGAAUACAAGCUUCACCUGCUCCUCCGACCUAGGAGGGUAUUUAAGAGCAUGAGCACUGCCGGAACAUCGCGCCACGCUCGGCUAAACAGGCCCUCAACCGCCUCCCUCACACCGUCUAGCCAAGCUCGUGAACAAACCCGUCAACAGAGGCUCCAGCACUUGACUACUCAGCUCCUGUGGAGACUACAGCAGUCUUCUCCAUAUCAUGCGUCCAGUUCUAAGGAGCUGGCAAUUCCAAGACUUCCUGAUGACAGCGUUGAUCUUUCUGCUCCUGUGAAGCUGAGUGAACUUGUCCCUGGAUUGGAGGAAUCAAGAGGAGCCUUGUAUGAGAUUGGCGUCGCUGAUGAUGGCACUCUUGUUGGCCUCACCAAAGAUGAGAUGGAAGAGAGUCUCACAACUUUGAGAGUAAUGGCCGCAAGCCUAGGUUGUUCUGUCGAAGUUCAUCGGAGAGUCAUUGUUGGCGACUGUGAGUGGGUUGAGUCGACCGAGUUGGUCGACAGUUUUGUUUCCUCACCGCAUCAAAUCAUCAGAAACGGAAAACUCUGGGUUGCUGAAGCACUUGUCAAGCCCAACUUUGGUUUCCUAGAUGAGGAGAAUGGAACUAACAGUUCUCAUAAGAAUGAGCAGGCUAUUACGGAGAGCGCUGCCGUACCCAGCCGUGGUAGUUCAACAACAUCGCAGUUGAGAGUCACUUUCACUGGCCCUACCACAUCAGCUCAGGAACUCAUCGGAUACAAGGACCAGUCAAUUCUCAACUACAGUCACGGGAACAUCGAGUCUUGGAUCGAUAUACACGACUGUUCCGAGGGUGGUCGCUUAGUGUUUGUUUCUGACUCUGCUGGCCAUCCAAGAUAUCGCCGGACGGUUCUUCGUGGGCUGAUGAACUGGGCACCUCAUUGGAUCAUAUUGUGCUUGGCUGUAGAUGAUGGAGAUACAGCCACCAAAGGACAUGGGGCAACAUCCUCAACGCAGGAUGUUCUGGGAGUAACAUCAGUGGGAGCUGAUCUUGUCAAAGCCCAUCUUACAUUAUCACUCAAAUUGGAUAUCCCUUUGGCAGUUGUCAUCACCAAAAUGGAUCUCGCUUCCAGGACAAGCGCGCAUAGAACCACAAACAAGAUCUUGUCGGCUGUCAAAGAAGCUGGGCGUAUACCCAAAAUCCUGCGGCCUGACCAGAAGAUAUGGAGGGACUCAGAACGAGUACCUGACGAUGACUCGGCCAAAGUCCAAGACCUACUCAAGGGGAUCUCGGAGAGUGGCAACCUAACCGAGAUUGUUCCAAUAGCAUUCACAAGUGCAGUAAGAGGAAGUGGUAUUGGCCUCCUGCAUGCACUUUUGGAGAACCUGCCAUUGCCGCCAACACCAACCGCUCGCGACUAUGUUGGGAUGGCGUUGAAUCCAGAGCAGCCGAAAUGCCUAUUCCAUAUCGACGAUACCUUUUCUCUGCCAACGUCGUACAGUAACAUGACCGGUGCCUCGGGAAAACAAGCAGACCCAGGUAUUGUCGUGUCUGGCUAUCUCAGGUUUGGACGACUCUCUGUCGGGGACAAGAUUGUUAUUGGGCCUUUCCCACCAAGUGAUGACGAAGCUCGUGACUUAACCCUGGAGGAUAGGCAAUCUCCUGGUAGCUACGGACUCUCGAUUUCGCACCCUUCUUCUGCAGAGUUGGCCCGCAUUGCCAUGAAAAAUGCCGUCUCUGCAUCAGCGACUCCAGGGGAGUGGCAUGACGCUCAGAUUGUGAGCAUACGUAACUUGAGACUCCCUGUUCUGACCCUUGAAUCUGGACAAGCCGGAUCAAUUGGCCUCGUCAUCCAAUCACUCUGUCACCGUUCCCAGAACGGUAAUACGGGCACCAAUAUUCCUACUGAACCUCCCCGUAUCCGGCGUGGCAUGAUCUUGGCGAUACCAUCGAAACAUAUGGCAGACACGGGGUUGAAGCUGCAAGCUGCGAGCGGCUUUACUGCGGUCUUUGAUGACGCAGAUACCCAGGCCCUUGCAAUUGGCUCUUUCGUAAAUAUCUACAUCGCCAGUAUUCGGACGGUGGCGCGCAUACGCCAGAUAUCGCGUCAAGAUCCAGGAUGGGAAACAGGAGAAAGAGAAGCAGACGAAAUUGAGGAGAUAUUCGACCUCAACGACGACCUCGAAACGAGUAACGAGAAGGAGAAAACCGAUGCGACGAGGGACGGAGUGGAGAUGGGCUUGGAGCUUAUCCAUCACCGUGAAUGGAUUGAGAUGGGUUCACGAGUCAUACUAUUAGAAGGUGGAAGUCAGGAUAAAUCUGGACUAGAAGGAUUUGUUGGACAAGUUGUUGAGAUUGUUGAUUGA